AUGAGAAAGGAUGCUGUUCUGUGCACCAUUCCCAUAGUCGGUAUGGGGGGUUUAGGGAAAACUACUCUGGCUAAGAGGAUUUUCAAUGACCAACACAUCGAGAAACACUUUGAAAAGAGAAUUUGGUUGUGUCUACCUGAAAUGUCUGAAAUUAAGAGCUUUCUUGAACUGAUCCUCGAAUCAUUGACAGAGAGGAAAGUUGAGGUCCAGAGCAGAGAUAUAAUAGUCAAGAAGCUCCGAGAUGCAUUGGGAGAAAAACAGUAUUUGCUUGUCCUGGAUGAUUUGUGGCGUGUUGACUCUACUUCGUGGCACGAGUUCUUGGACACCUUGAGGGGAAUAAAUACAUCCAGAGGAAACUGCAUUCUCGUGACUACUCGUUCGAAGCAAGUGGCAUCCAUAGUAGCAGCAGAUCUUCAUAAGUUGGGGAAAUUAACAGAUGAUCAUUGUUGGUCCAUUUUCAAACAACGAGCAUUUGUUGAUGGGGAAGUUCCCGAGGAAAUACUGAGUGUGGAGAACAAGAUUGUUGAAAUGUGUCAAGGUCUACCUUUGGCUGCUAGUGUGUUGGGAGGCCUCUUUUGUAACAAGGAAAAACAUGAAUGGCAGGCAAUACUUGAUGGCAGCUCCCUUGUUGCAUCUGAAGAUAGCAUUAAGAAUAUCCUAAAACUCAGUUAUGAUUAUCUACCAUCUCCACAUCUGAAGAAAUGUUUUUCUUACUUUGCAAUAUUUCCAAAAGAUUUUCAGUUUGAAAAGGACCAACUAAUCCAACUCUGGAUGGCAGAAGGGUUUCUUCGUCCAUGUCAAGAGACCCCUGUGAUGGAAGACGUUGGGAACAAGUUUUUCCAACUCUUGUUACAAUAUUCCUUGCUGCAGGAUGUUAAUCUAGAUAAGUACAACAAUACAACACACUGUAAGAUGCAUGAUCUUGUGCAUGAUUUGGCUGGAGAUAUCUUAAAAUCUAGACUAUUUGAUCCGAAGGGAGACAAUGGAGAAAAACUUUCUCAAGUUCGAUACUUUGGAUGGGAAUCACCAAGUGAUCAAAUAGAUAAGAUAUAUGAGCCAGGACGUCAGGCAUCAAGGAGUUGUCAGCCUCAAUCGUCAAGCUAA